AUGGGAAGAGUUAUCCGCAAUCAGAGAAAGGGUGCCGGUUCCAUCUUCACGGCCAACACCAGGCUACGAAAGAACCCGGCCAAAUUCAGAACCCUCGACUACUCCGAGCGCCAUGGAUACAUUCGUGGUGUCGUAAAGGACAUCAUCCACGACCCUGGUAGAGGUGCUCCUCUUGCCAAGGUCGUCUUCCGCGACCCUUACCGCUACAAGCUCCGCCACGAAACUUUCAUCGCCAACGAGGGCAUGUACACCGGUCAGUUCAUCUACGCCGGAAAGAAGGCCGCCAUCAACAUCGGAAACGUUCUCCCCCUCGGCUCCAUGCCCGAAGGUACCGUCGUUACCAACGUUGAGGAGAAGACCGGUGACCGUGGUGCGAUUGGUCGUACCUCCGGAAACUAUGUCACCAUCAUCGGACACUCCCCCGAUGAGGGCAAGACCCGUGUCAAGCUCCCCUCAGGCGCCAAGAAGGUCGUUCCCAGCGCUGCCCGUGGUAUGAUCGGUAUUGUUGCUGGUGGUGGAAGAACCGACAAGCCUUUGCUUAAGGCUUCGCGCGCCAAGUUGAAGUACAAGGUCAAGAGGAACAGCUGGCCCAGAACUCGUGGUGUGGCCAUGAACCCCGUCGACCAUCCCCACGGAGGAGGUAACCAUCAGCACAUCGGAAAGGCUUCUACAAUCUCCCGUUACGCUUCCCAGGGUCAAAAGGCUGGUCUUAUUGCCGCCCGUCGUACUGGUCUGCUGCGCGGUACCCAAAAGACCAAGGAAUAA